UCCAAAUUUUUUUGUAAGUUGUGGGGGUGAGCCAGUGGCCCCAGCAAAUCAAAAACACCGAUUUUUCUGGCGUUGACACUAAAUUCUGCCAGACUUAUUUCCAUCUGAGUGAAGUUGAAGAAUACAUAAGGAAAUAUCAGCCGGCAAAAUGCCUGGACCGGGCCGCAGAACUGACGAUUCGGCCGAAGAAGAUGACAUGAUUGCUGACCCCGCUGUCGAAGAGGGGACCCAAGAUCUAUCACCACCAUCUCAUACACCCUCUCGCUCGGCAACGCCAGGUUCGCCACCAGCAUCAUCUUGCCUCAACUUGGAGGAAUCAUUUUUGGUACCCACGCCUCUCGCUCUGGCGAAAAAAGAUGAUGACGAGAAUGCCGCAGAUGCCGAGGAGGCGAUGUCCGAACCCGAGAAGAAAAAGAAAGGCAAGAAGCGCAAACUGAAGGAUGGUAAGGAGAAGAAGUCGAAGAAGAAGAAGAAAAAGAGUAAAGGAGAUGGCGACUUCGACAUCGACAGUUUGAUCCCUGCCCUUGAUGAUGCUGAGGAUGGGGAGUCGAGUUAUGUGGCCGAGACACCUGAACCCCCCUCCAAAAAGAAACGCAAGGGAAAGGUCGACAAAUUAUCCCAGCUCAAUGAGGAUAUAAGAUCGUCUGAAGAGAUUUGCACCGACUUGUCCAUCGCAAAUGUCGAACUUGAAUAUUCCGACGAUGACUUUGAAAAGUUGACGACAUACCGGUCGUUCUCCGACCAUAUCAAACCAUUGAUCGAGUCUGAGAAUCCGUUAGCUUCUCCGGCAAAGAUCGUCACGUUGCUAGCAGCGAAAUGGCGGGACUUUGUCAAAAUGAAUCCGGAUAAUGUCGAUGAUACGACCAUUGAUGCUGAAGACUAUGAACUACUUGACUCUGGGGAAGAAGCCAAAGCUAAGAAAAAACCAGGUCGUCCUGGGAAGAAAUCUGUCGCGCCCCUGAAGAUCAAGAUCACCAAGAAGAAGAGGAAGAAGAAGACCAGUUCUGUAGGUGAGGAAGAUGAAAAGGGCUUCAACACAAGCGAUGAGGAAUUUGAACGGCAGCUCGAGGAAGCGGCCAUCAUCAAUGAGCAGAAAGCACUCGAGGCUGCGGCGGCGCCCAAGAAGCAUAAAUUCAAACGCGGCCGUGGACAUGGCGCCAAGAAGAAAACCAAACGGACGAAUAAGUAUCCAUCUGAUCCGGACGCGGAGGGGUAUGAGACUGACCACCAGGACUACUGUGAGGUUUGCCAACAGGGUGGUGAGAUUAUCUUGUGCGACACGUGUCCCAGGGCGUACCAUUUGGUGUGUUUAGACCCCGAGCUGGAGGAGGCACCAGAGGGAAAAUGGAGCUGCCCCCACUGUGAGAAAGAAGGGCCACCAGAACCAGAAAAUGAUGAACACAUGGAAUUCUGCCGCAUCUGUAAAGACGGUGGUGAACUCCUCUGUUGCGACAACUGCCCAUCGGCGUACCACGUCCACUGUCUCAAUCCGCCAAUCACAAAUGUUCCAGAUGGUGACUGGCAUUGUCCGCGGUGCUCCUGUAAGCCGCUGAAGGGUCGUGUCCAUAAGAUACUCACGUGGCGAUGGACGGACCCACCAAAAGUGGAAGAUGAGCUGGACCACAAUCCUAACAGUCCGACAAAGAAGAAAAGUGCACAUCGGCCGACGAGGGAGUUUUUUGUGCGAUGGCAUGACAUGUCUUACUGGCAUUGUCAAUGGAUCAGUGAAUUGGCUCUGGAUGUUUACCAUCCGACAACGUUCCGUUUCUACAUGCGCAAGAAUGACAUGGAUGAGCCACCGCCCCUCGAAGACGGAAGCUCCUACGGCGGCCGAGACAAGAAGAGGGAGGAUCCACACAACCUGGAAGAGCGCUUCUAUCGCUAUGGCGUGCGGCCUGAGUGGCUACAGAUCCAUCGGAUUCUGAACCACGGGAAAGUUGACAAGGACGGAAAACAGUGGUACCUGGUGAAAUGGCGGGAGCUGCCGUACGACCUCGCUACGUGGGAGAAUGGCGACCUAGAUGAAGAAGACACGAUCCCCGAUUUCCAGGCGGCUGUCGACAACUAUUGGGGUCUGAGGCGACUAAUGUGUGCCGGCUUUGACGAUGAACGGCCGAGGAAAGGCAAGGGGGGUAAGAAGAAGAAGAAGCUCAACACCAUAUUCAAGGCACCACCUUCUCGGCCAACUCUUGACUUGCGUAAAAAGUAUGAAGUUCAACCAACAUAUAUUGACGAAACCGGCGGGACGCUUCAUCCUUAUCAGCUGGAGGGCCUCAACUGGUUACGAUUCUCGUGGGCCAACAGCACCGACACGAUCCUCGCCGAUGAGAUGGGUCUCGGAAAAACAAUCCAGACGAUUGCCUUCUGUUAUUCACUUUAUAAGGAGGGACACAGUAAAGGUCCAUUCUUGGUGAGUGCUCCGUUGUCGACCAUUAUCAACUGGGAGCGAGAGUUUGAGUUCUGGGCUCCUGACCUGUACGUGGUCACUUACUGUGGUGACAAGGACUGUAGGGCUGUUAUAAGAGAACAUGAGUUUUCAUUUGACGAUGGUGCAGUUCGUGGUGGGUCGAAGGCCUUCAAGAUGCGUAAAGAUUCCGCUGUCAAGUUCCAUGUCCUCCUCACAUCGUACGAGUUAAUCAGCAUCGACACAGCAACUCUCGGAUCCAUCGACUGGGCCAUGUUGGUCGUAGACGAAGCACACAGAUUGAAGAAUAACCAGUCCAAGUUUUUCCGCGUCUUGUCCAACUAUAAGAUCGGUUACAAGUUGCUCCUGACUGGGACGCCACUGCAGAACAACCUGGAAGAGCUCUUCCAUCUUCUCAACUUCAUGAGUCCGGAGAAUUUCAUGAAUUUGCAGAUUUUCCUGGACGAGUUUGCGGACAUCUCAAAAGAAGAACAGGUCAAGAAGCUGCACGACAUGUUGGGGCCACAUUUGCUGCGUCGGCUCAAAGCAGACGUCCUCAAGGGCAUUCCUUCUAAGUCCGAGUUCAUUGUGCGAAUUGAACUCAGUCCAAUGCAGAAGAAAUACUACAAGUACAUCUUGACGAGGAACUUUGAUGCGUUGAACGCCCGCGGUGGCACCCAGGUGUCGUUACUCAACAUCAUGAUGGAUCUCAAGAAGUGCUGUAACCAUCCGUACCUUUUCCCGGCUGCCUCCAGUGAAGCGCCCAAGUUAUCAAACGGUGCGUACGAAGGCAGCGCCCUCAUCAAGGCGUGCGGCAAGUUGGAUCUCCUCUCAAAGAUGCUGACGAAGCUGCGGGCUACCGGACACAGGGUGCUCAUCUUCUCGCAGAUGACCAAGAUGCUCGACAUCAUGGAGGACUUCUUGGAGGCGGAAGGUUACAAGUAUGAGCGUAUUGAUGGUGGGAUUACAGGGCAGACGAGGCAGGACGCUAUUGAUAGGUUCAACGCUCCUAAUGCCCCCCAGUUUGUCUUCCUCCUCUCCACGAGAGCUGGUGGUCUCGGUAUCAACUUGGCCACAGCUGACACGGUCAUCAUCUACGAUUCCGAUUGGAACCCCCACAACGACAUCCAGGCCUUCAGCCGCGCACAUCGUAUCGGCCAAUCAAACAAGGUCAUGAUCUACCGCUUCGUGACGAGAAAUUCCGUCGAGGAGAGGAUCACUCAUGUUGCGAAGAAGAAAAUGAUGUUGACGCAUUUAGUUGUGCGGCCUGGUCUUGGCGCGAAAGGUGGGGCAAUGUCCAAGCAUGAGUUGGAUGAGAUCCUCAAGUUCGGUACGGAGGAGCUCUUCGCAGCGGAAGAUAAUAAAGAGGGUGAUGAGAACAAGAUUGUCUACGAUGACGCAGCGAUCAGCCGGCUUCUUGAUCGGUCGCAGCAAGGCCAGGAGGAGAAGGCUGAGGCCAUGAACGACUACCUGAGCUCCUUCAAGGUGGCUAGUUACCAGGUCAAGGAGCAAGAGGAAGAGGAGGAAGAAGAGGUUGAACGUGAAGUCAUCAAACAGGAUGUGGACUCGGCGGACCCCGCUUACUGGGAGAAACUCCUCCGCCAUCACUAUGAGCAGCAGCAGGAGGACUUGGCACGGACGCUCGGCAAGGGUAAACGUGUGCGUAAACAGGUCAACUAUAACGACGCCAUGACAGGUAAUAAUCGUAACGACGACCACGAUUGGAACGAGAAUCUUUCCGACUUUGAUUCCGACUUCAGCGGGAACACGGGCGACAAAGGCGAGGGCGAGGAGGAUGACGACGACUUUGAGGAAGGGAAGGACACGAAUCGGCGCAGGCGUGGUGAGAGGAGUGAGAGAGAUCGGCCAUUGCCGCCACUGCUGGCUCGUGUCAGCGGCCAGAUUGAGGUGCUAGGAUUUAACGCCCGACAAAGAAAAGCCUUCCUGAAUGCUGUUAUGCGAUAUGGUAUGCCACCACAAGAUGCCUUUAAUUCACAAUGGUUGGUUCGAGAUCUCCGCGGAAAAUCCGAGAAAGUCUUCAAAGCCUACGUGUCACUCUUCAUGCGCCAUCUGUGCGAACCUGGCGCAGACAAUUCCGACACCUUCGCUGAUGGCGUCCCACGCGAGGGCCUCUCCCGCCAACAUGUCCUCACCAGGAUCGGCAUCAUGUCGCUCGUCAGGAAGAAAGUGCAGGAGUUUGAGACGAUCAAUGGUACUCACAGUAUGCCUUACAUGACGGCCACCGAGGCUUUGGAGAAGUUGAAGAACGGGAAGGAUUCGGCGGUGCCAUCACCGGCGCCAUCUACAGCCAGUAACAAGGAGGACAAGAAGGAUAAGAAGUCGAAGGUAAAGAACAGGAAUGGCAAGGAGAAGGAAAAAGAUGCUACUGCCACUGAGGAGAAAUCUAGCGAGGAGAAGAAAGAAAAUGGGGACGAGGAUGGUGAGAAAAAGGAUGAGGAGAAAGAAGAAGAAAAAGUGGAAAAAGUGGAAAAAACGGAGGAAACGGAGGAGACAGAGGUGAAGAAAGAACCUGAAGAAGAAAGGAAGGAGGAAGCCAUGGAAACGGAGGAACCCAAGGAGAAAGCGACAACAGUCAAGGAGGAAGUGAAAGAAGAGGAGGAAGAGAUCAAGGAUGACAAGGAGAAGAUGGAGACAGAUGAAGUCAAGAAGGAAGAGCCUGCAGAGGCCACCACGGAUAAGGAGACUGGUGAAAGUGUGGGGUCCAAGCCAAAGGAGGAGGAAGCGAACGGAGAGACUGAUGAGACAAAGACCAAGGAGACGAAGGAAGGAGAGACAGAGGAGGAGGAAGUGAAGAAGGAGAAUGAGGAGAAGAAAGAAGAGAAGGAAGACAAAAAAGAAGAGAAAGUCCCUGAAAAGGAAGUGGUAAAAACAGAGAAAACUGAGGAGGAGCUCAAGAAUGAGGAACAGAAACAGAAGUUCAUGUUCAAUAUUGCUGACGGCGGAUUCACGGAGCUUCACACACUCUGGCAGAACGAACAGAGGGCGCUCUCUAUUGGCCGCGAGCAUGAGGUGUGGCAUCGUCGUCAUGACUACUGGCUGCUUGCAGGCAUCGUCACUCACGGGUAUGGUCGCUGGCAGGACAUCCAGAAUGACAUCCGAUUUCAGAUCAUCAACGAACCGUUCAAGACGGAACAGGGCAAGACCAACUUCUUGGAAAUCAAAAACAAGUUCUUGGCAAGGCGAUUCAAGCUGCUGGAGCAAGCGCUAGUCAUUGAAGAACAGCUGAGACGAGCGGCGUAUUUGAAUCUCACACAAGAUCCUAACCAUCCAGCGAUGGCGCUCAAUGCAAGGUUUGCUGAGUUGGAGUGUUUGGCCGAGAGUCACCAGCAUUUAUCAAAGGAAUCGCUCGCAGGAAAUAAACCAGCUAAUGCUGUCUUACACAAAGUUCUCAAUCAACUGGAGGAACUUCUGAGUGACAUGAAACAAGAUGUGAGCCGCCUGCCUGCCACUCUGGCCCGCAUUCCACCGGUCACCCAACGCCUACAGAUGUCUGAGCGCAACAUCCUCAACCGCCUUGUCAACCCUGGCCAAGCGGGGGCACCAAACGCGCCACCUGUGACGCCUACCAGCGCAUCAUCGGAGAAGGGCGCUGCAAUGCAACCACCGGUGCCAUCGCCGUCAUCUGCAGCGGGUUACCAAGCUCCUGGCACAUUCCCGAACAUGCGUCCCCCAUUCCCAGUCCCGCACCACCCAGGGGUGCACGGGGCAAGUAAGUACUCUUGCUUUCCUGGCUAUGAAGGGCCCCAUGCCAAUGUCAGUUCCUCCUCAAGGUGAAAAUAAUAAAGAAAAGAAGAAAUCUGACGUGAUAUGUAUUGACGACGAGUAGUUGGAGUCACUUCUUUCUUCUGCAGACGUAUGGAGGCAUCUGGACAGAUUUCAGGGUUCCCCUUUUCCAAGUGCUACAACAAGCGUUGAAUAUUUUGUGAACUGCGGACUGUAUUGAGAGAGAUGUGGGUUGUUACCUCACCUAUCCAUGGCGACCUUGUUUGACUAGCCUAUCAAGAACUAUCAAAUUUGUACUUUAGAACUUGAUCGAGAAUAAGAAUAGGAGUACGUCCUUCACUGAAAACACUCUGACAUUUUUUUAACCAGUUUUUUAAAACACUACAGCAUGAUGGACUGAGUUCAUUUCUUCAGGAAGCUGAUCACUAAUUUGCAGUGCCGGUAGGUUGUACUGCUUGUUGCAAAAAAAAGGUUUUUUCUCGGUCUUUGAGUGACGUACUUGUGUAUGUUGUAAGAUUCUCCAAGAAGUGCCUAAAUGAAAAGUGCAUGCAGUUGGAAGCCAGGCAUGGGAGAGGUAGCAGACCCAGGCUUAAACUUGGUGGGUCCAUUGGAUUGACAUCCAAUGCCGGAAUGAGGUCACUGCAGAGGGAUUGUCAUCGGGGUGAAUACCGUCUUUGUAAAAGCUUGACCAGAAUCCACUUCAGGGUUGUAAAUAGGGGUAUUUCUGGGGUAUUAUAUACCCUGGGGCUUCAAGCUUGCCUCAUCAAGUAUGGGUUCAUUUUUAUCCUCGAGGUGUUAGCAUAGAAAUUAAGAAGAUCAUAAAAUGUGUUUUAUUUGUCCUAACAGCUGAGUUGUUGUUGGGUAUUUUAUGAAAAUUUGUAAGUUCCAUUUGAUUUAGUUUUCUUCACAAUUGACCAAUAGCUCUCUACUCCGAGGGUACAUCAUUAUGGCCAAAAUAACGUCAAGGCUCGGUCACAAUUUUGUCUCGGAUCCGGGUAAGCAGUGAAUAUACAUGAUGCGUGUGGGGCUCUCAUUGUCUCAAGACUGCUUCUGCCAAAUGUUGUUUGAAGUCUUCAUACACUUAGAGGGUACUGCAGGGACAUUCUUAAUAUUGUAAGACAAAGUAACUUGUACAUUCACCUACAUUGAGCAGGCAGAAAUCUUGGAUCCUCGGUAGUAGUACCAAGAAAAAAAAUACUAGUCUUCGUUUAUUCUUGGAAGUACCAAAAUUGAAAGUACCUUCACUCCUGUGAGAUGAAUCUGGUUUUGAAUGUUAUUGUCAACAAGUUCCGGUUAACUUAAAAGCAUUUAGAUUCGGUAAUGUUGUGGUAUUUGUAUGUCACCAUGGCAACGACCUUGUCUUAUUUAAAUGAAUAUUUUGUAACAAGUGAAAAUACACAUUGUCUGUAUCUGUAA